UGGGACCCCUCAUCCUGCGCCCCUUGCCCUGAGCCGCUACCGCCACCACCGCCACUGCCGGCCAGGGCGCCGGGGGGCACUCGAUGACCUGCCACCUUCUUCCUUACGCCCACCUUCCCGCCAGAAAAUAAAGCCGCUCGAAUUGAUUCCCUUCCUCCGACUGUUUCCAGCCCGCCCCCUGGAGCCCCGCUCCUAGCUCUCAUCCCGGACGCGCUUCCUCUUAGAGGCUCAGGAACCGAUGCUUGACCCCUGCGUCCCCCCCUCUUUUUUCCCUUCUUCUCCUUCAGCCAAAGAUGGUGCCCCCUGCGUCUUCGGAGGAACGGUGUACCGGAGCGGAGAGUCUUUCCAGAGCAGCUGCAAAUACCAGUGCACCUGCCUGGACGGGGCUGUGGGCUGCGUGCCGCUGUGCAGCAUGGACGUCCGCCUGCCCAGCCCUGACUGCCCCUUCCCGCGGAGAGUCAAGCUGCCCGGGAAAUGCUGCGAGGAAUGGGUGUGUGACGAGCCCAAGGACCACACAGUGGUCGGCCCUGCCCUUGCCGCUUACCGACUGGAAGACACGUUUGGCCCAGACCCAACUAUGAUUCGAGCCAACUGCCUGGUCCAGACCACAGAGUGGAGUGCCUGUUCCAAGACCUGUGGGAUGGGCAUCUCCACCCGCGUUACCAAUGACAACGCCUUCUGCAGGCUGGAGAAGCAGAGCCGCCUCUGCAUGGUCAGGCCUUGCGAAGCUGACCUGGAAGAAAACAUUAAGAAGGGCAAAAAGUGCAUCCGGACCCCCAAAAUCUCCAAGCCAGUCAAGUUUGAGCUCUCUGGCUGCACCAGCGUGAAGACCUACCGGGCUAAAUUCUGCGGGGUGUGCACAGACGGUCGAUGCUGCACCCCACACAGAACCACCACCCUUCCCGUGGAAUUCAAGUGUCCAGACGGGGAGGUCAUGAAGAAGAACAUGAUGUUCAUCAAGACCUGUGCCUGCCAUUACAACUGUCCCGGAGACAAUGACAUCUUUGAGUCACUGUACUACAGGAAGAUGUAUGGAGACAUGGCAUAAAGCCAGAGAGAGUGUGAGAGACAUGAACUCUUUAUGCUGUCACUUGAACUGAUUCACAUCUCAUUUUGGUGUAAACAUAAUUUUAGUAGCACAAGUUAUUUAAAUCUGUUUCUCUAACGGGGGAAAAGACAAAUUCCCACCAAAUUCAAAAUAUUGUGCCAUGUGACAUUCAAACAAAUAGUCUAUCAACCCAACACAGGUUUGAAGAAAGUAAGACUUGACAGUGGGACUGUGUUAGCGUAUAGCACCAGGAUGUAUGCUAGCAGCAGUGGGAGGGCAUCUUGUCAUGUUACCCUAGUAAUGUGCCUGCUAUUUGGAGUGUCAUUGAGAAGGGAAACUUGCACGUGCUCAUUGACCUGCCUGUAGCUCCGGCGACAGCUAGGAUGUGUGUUCUCCAGCCAUCAUGAGGCUGAGUCAAGGUCUUCUUUAAGUCAGAACAACAGAUUCAGCUCUGACAUUCUGAUUUCAGAUGACAGUGUUCAGGAAUCAGAAUCCUGUCUAUUAGACUGGACAGCUUGUGGCAAGCUAAUUUGCCUAUAACAAGCCAGAUUUUUUUUUAUUGAUACUGUAAAUAUUGUGUAUAUAUAUAUAUUUGUACAGUUAUCUAAGUUAAUUUAAAGUUGUUUGUUCCUUUCUGUUUAUGUUUUUAAUGCUUUGGUAUUUCAAGUGUUAGCCUCAAUUCUGAACACCAUAGGUAGGACGUAAAGCUUGUCUGAUAAUUCAAAGCAUGAAAUGGAUAUUCAAAUGGAAAUUCUUUUCAGUUAGAGCGACAGGCCAUCAAUACAGGUUGUUUGCUGAAGGUGAGGCAGCAAUGUCUCUGGAAGUCUGAUUUGUAGGUUAGAAAUGUGGUAGCAUCACUUUUAAUGAACAAAUGGCCUUUAUUAAAAAAUAAGUGGCUCUCUAUAGGUGAUUGGUUUUUCCACCUGGAAGCAUUUGUUUCUAAUUUGACUAUGACUGUUUUUUGGACAGUUUAUUUGUUGAGAGUGUGACCAAAAGUUACAUGUUUGCACCUUUCUAGUUGAAAAUAAAGUAUAUAUUUUUUCUAUAAA